GAGGGGCCUGCAGUCGGCUCUGAUGGCGCGGUGCAGAGAUGGGGGGCCCCAGCGAGGGCCGGAGCCCCCCGGCUGUCGGCCAGUCCUUCCUCCGUAGGUCUCCGGUCGGGCCAGAACCCGCGGGGUCCGGGCUGGGGCCCAGUGCACGCGGGUCCGGAGGCCGAGGAGCCGUGUGCAUGGGCGGCGGCAGAGCCCGCGGGCGCUGUCCAGGAGCUGGGCAGCACAACCGGCCAGCUGGAGGCCUCGGCGCCUCCACCCGGCACCGGGCACAACGUUGGGCACGGGUCAGGCCAGGGCAGCGGGUUCUCGCCGCGGGCCCCGCCCCGUGCUCGCCUGACCUCCCCUCACCCCAGGCAGGGUCGCGUCCCGCUGGGUGAUCAUCCUAUGGCGGCUGCGCCGAGCGCCCUUUCCCGCGCCGCGCCCCGCUAACUUUGUUCUUACAGCACACAUGGUUCCACUCAGGGACCACCCCCCUCCCGUGGGGGAGCAACGUUUGGGGGCGAGCGGAAGUGGCAAGACCAAGAGCAACAGGAAAUGACUUAGGGAAAGUCCCAACCGCAGCCCCCCAGCCCCCUGCCUAAACGAGCGAGCGGGUGCCGCGCCUCCACCCGGGUCCUCCAUCACCUCGGACGAGCCAUGUUCCAGGCUACAGGAGCCGCCCAGGCCACCCCUUCUCAUGAAGCCAAAGGCGGCAGCAGCAGCAGCAGCUCGGUGCAGCGCUCCAAGUCCUUCAGCCUGCGGGCCCAGGUAAAGGAGACCUGCUCCGCCUGCCAGAAGACUGUGUACCCCAUGGAACGGCUGGUGGCAGACAAGCUCAUCUUCCACAGCUCUUGCUUCUGCUGCAAGCACUGUCACACUAAGCUCAGCCUGGGCAGCUACGCAGCGCUGCAUGGCGAGUUCUACUGCAAGCCCCACUUCCAGCAGCUCUUCAAGAGCAAAGGCAACUACGAUGAAGGCUUUGGCCGGAAGCAGCACAAGGAGCUGUGGGCCCACAAGGAAAUGGACCCCGGCACCAAGACAACCUGAUGUCACCCCAACCCUCCACUCCCUGGGCAGAGCACCUGGAGCUGGGCAGUGGAAAGGGUGGGAAAGAGGUGGGAGCUGGGUUUGGGUUGGAGGACGGGGCUAAGGCGGGGAGAUGAGCCUGCAGAGACAGAAGCUUCCAGGGGCAGGGCUCUGCUCCAGGAGCCCUUCCUUCUCGCAGAGGGUCUGGGAACCUGGAUCAGAGGCUUGGUCACCACCCUGCUUCCUGCUUCUUUCAGCCCACCUCCUCCAUGCCCUAGUCCCUGGGGAAGCCUCUGAGCCCAGCUUCCCUACUUAGGUGCCUUUUCUCCGGCAAGGAGUCAGCAUGCUGGGUCCCCAGCUCAGGGUCCCCAGCUCUCUCACUGCCGCCCCCGGCCUCCUGGGGCCUCCGGGUUUCCCCAUCUACCUCUGCCUUUAACCUGGUCUUGAGCCAUGAAGACUGGGAGGAAGGGGAGCAAGAGUGCCACCUGCUGGGCCACAGGAGAGCAACCACGGCCUUGAGGGUGGGGAUGGGGACGUGCAGCCAACUGCCCCCAAGGGGCCUGGGACCACCUGGCACCACCAGCAGCAGAGCUGAACAGUGGAAGGCAAAGCAUCUGCUAGGCUGAGAGCCUCAGAGCCGGCCAGGGGGCUGGCAGUGACCACUCCUCUCCCCCCUCGUUCCUGUCCCUUCUGUUGUGAUCACCCCCCUUUUAAACAUGUUUAAACAGA